AGAUUUUCAAUCAUUUCGAUUAAUCGUUUUGAAUCGAUUCUCUCGUCUUGUUGACGAUAAAGAGGUUCAGUGAAUGAAAAUUCGGAAAUGACAGUUUGAGAUGUAUAAAUAACUUUUACAUAUUUUAACGGUGUUUUAAUUUAUUGUUUUUACGAUUUAUUUAAAAAAUGGAAGUUAAAACGAAAAGCGAUCAUUUAUUGGCAUUAAAAGUGAUGAGAUUAACACGACCUACUUUGGCAAGUCCUAUGGUUGUUACAUGUGAUUCAACAGACUUACCAGGUAAUACAUUAAACAAUGAACUCAAAAGCGAUUGUACAGCAUUGCAAGGUAUGGAAGCGCUUGCUAUAGGACAAUUUAUGGUGUUACCUCAAAGUUUUGGGAAUAUAUAUUUAGGAGAGAUAUUUUCUAGCUAUCUAUGUGUACAUAAUGGUAGUAAUCAGGUGGUGAAAAAUGUUACUGUAAAAGCAGACUUACAAACAAGCACACAGACAAUUUCUCUUUCUGGUAAUAGUUUAGAAGGAAAGGAAUUAGCACCUGAUAGUACAGUUGAUGAAGUUAUUCACCAUGAGGUUAAAGAAAUAGGAACACAUAUAUUGGUUUGUGAAGUGUCUUAUACAAAUCAGAUUGGACCUCCACUGUCGUUUAGAAAAUAUUUUAAAUUCCAAGUAGUUAAACCACUGGAUGUAAAGACAAAGUUUUAUAAUGCAGAGUCAGAUGAAGUAUAUCUCGAGGCACAAAUACAAAAUCUAACAGCUGGGCCAAUUUGUUUAGAAAAAGUUGCUCUUGAAUCAUCUCAUUUAUUUAGCGUAACUACACUCAAUAUAAAUGACGAAGGAGAAUCUAUUUAUGGAAGUGUAAAUUUACUGGAUACAAAUUGUAGUAGGCAAUAUUUAUAUUGUUUAAAACCACAACUAAGCUUAAUGAAAGAUCCGAAAAUGAUGCAAAACGCUACAAAUAUUGGAAAAUUAGAUAUUGUAUGGAGGAGUAAUUUGGGAGAGAGAGGAAGAUUACAAACGAGUCAAUUGCAAAGAAUGGCACCUGAAUACGGAGAUCUGAGAGUAAUCAUGAAGGACAUACCUUUGAAGGUGAAUCUUGAAGAACCAGUCAAUUGUACAUGUCAUAUAAUAAAUACAUCAGAAAGAAGUAUGGAAUUACUAUUGAGUUUAGAGUCCAAUGAGUCUAUAGCUUGGUGUGGAAUAUCCAAUACAAUGAUUGGUAGUUUGAAACCUGGGGUUUCUAUGGAUAUACCUCUCUGUUUGAUUAUGUUGAAUACAGGCAUUAUUACUAUCUCUGGAUUAAAAUUAACAGAUACAUUUUUAAAAAGAGUAUAUGACUAUGAUGAUCUAGCUCAAAUUUUUGUCAAUCAGUUGGACUGAAAUGUAUAAAAACACUUUUUUGGAUUUUGGCAUUUGCUAUUUAUAAACAUAAUAAACAAUCAUGUUUUAUAUAAUUGAAAUUAUGUAGAAUAUUUUAUGAAUUAAUAGAAGAUUUGCACAUAAUGACACAUUU